AUGUCCUCGUGGCGCUCAAAACUUCCUACAGUAACCCAAGUACAGUACUUCCUGAAGGGGAUUGUACAUGAGCAGGAAGUAGAUUAUUCGAGAUUCGAGACAAGACUAGAUGGCUCAGAUGUGAUCACAUUCAAAGAAAACGACAAGGCUUUCCGGUUAUUUGGAACAAAUGUUCAUGUGAAAGUCGGAUCCUACAUCGCUUGUGCUAUUGGAUUUGCUGUAACCACUGCAUUCUGCGUCUCCUACUCUCUCUUUCACUCUCGUGGUCAGGGACGGAAUCCCUUUAUCGAUCAUUUAGAAAUCAUUGACCUGAUUUUCGCUUUCCUCGUUGGCCUUCCAUGCCACGUUUUGUUGUUCUAUGGGCUCCAGAAGAGCAAGAAGGUGUUUUUCAGCCCAUUCCUUGUAUUCUACAUGACAAACUUCAUUUUGAACUGCAUUUUCACAAUCCUGACUCUUGGCGCAUUUGCCAUGGACGUACAUCGAAGAGUUUUCGGGAAUAUUCGAUUUGAUUUAGGAUGGACUCUGUUUCAGAUCGCUUUCACCGCCGCCCAGGGACUCGCAAUCUAUGUGGUGAUGCGUGGUAGGAAAUAUGUGGCUGCCAAGAGCUUUUGGAUGGAUAAAUACAACCAGAGAACGGGUCCUGAUGAUAUCAUUGAUGCUGCUUGA